UGGCGUGUUACUCGCAGCAUGCUUUAGGUGUAACGUUAGUAAGAGGUGACCUUACUGAAGAAUUAGUGAGUCGUAGGAUUGUGCUUACAUUUCAAGCUGCUGCAUUUUAAGGUUUUAGGAAUGAUUCACAGGCCUUGUUAUUAAAACGUGUCGGUUUGGAUUCAUGGCUUUAUAGAGUCGCUGUCUGAUUGAGAAUUAAAGCAGUUAAUGUGAGAUCAGGGAUGGCAGAAGCACAGCAGGCUCGCGUGCAGAAGGCAGUGGAGGAGAUGGUGCAAAGUCUGGAGAAAGAUCACAUCCGUAAGAUGCAGGGCCGCAUGUUCCGCUGCAGCGCAGAGUGUUGUGAGAAUCCCGGUCACUCCAUGAACCAGGUGCACCAGUGUAUAGACCGCUGCCACACACCACUGGCUAAAGCUCAAGGACUGGUCACCAGUGAACUAGAGCAGUUUCAGGAUCGUCUCACGAGGUGUACAAUGCACUGUAGCGACAAGGCCAAGGACCUGUUUGACUCCGGGGCGAAGGAGCCUGCUGUGCGGGCGCUGAUGGACAGCUGUGUGAGCAGCUGUGUGGACGAGCACCUGAACCUGCUGCCCAGCAUGACUCGCAGACUGAAGGACAGCUUGAACUCAAUACCUCAGUGAAGCUCUGACUGUGGCCGAGGCUGUAGGAAAUGGUUCUUGUGGACUCAUGAGUGCACUAGAUGGAAGAUCUUUUCUGUCAUCUCCUUGUGAUUUGGUGAAUGGCCAUGUGCUGAAUUCUGUGUCCAUAUUGUUUGUGGUUUUUGUACAGACAAUAAAUAAUGUGAUCAAACCAA